CGAGAGAGAGAGAGAGAGAGAGAGAGAGAGAGAGAGAGAGAGAGAGAGAGAGAGAGAGAGAGAGAGAGAGAGAGAGAGAGAGAGAGAGAGAGAGAGAGAGAGAGAGAGAGAGAGAGAGAGAGAGAGAGAGAGAGAGAGAGAGAGAGAGCUAUAGGAGGACGAGCCGUUCAGUCGGUCAGUGUUCGGACGGGGGACUACAGACCGCUGUUUUGACACGCUCCGAUUUAACUGUGAUCCUAUCUUCAACCCAACCGAAAACCCCAUGGACUUUGUUUGACAGAGACGUCUGCCAUUCAGCGUGAACCACAGCUACAGGAAACAUGAGGCCCGGCUAUGUGGGCUCUGGGCUCCUGACCCUGCUUGGUCUGUUUCUAGCUGUGGACGCCCUGUCUCUCAUCAGAGCCCGAGAAAGAGAUAUUACAGCAAGCGGCACAGAGGGGAGGAGAGACAGGAAGCAGGACGACAGAACAACCAAUGAGAGGACAUGGCUGAACCGGGUGAAGAGAGGAUGGAUGUGGAACCAGUUCUCCAUCCAAGAGGAGUACACAGGAACUGAGUACCUGUAUAUUGGAAAGCUUCAAUCGGACAUGGACCGGGGGGAUGGCACGGUGAAGUACGUGCUGUCUGGCGACGGGGCCGGCAGUGUUUUUGUCAUCAAUGAGAAUAACGGGGACCUCCAUUGCACCCGCCGCUUGGACCGCGAGGAGAAGGCCUACUACACGCUGCGGGCCACCGUGGUCAACAAGCGCACAGGGCACCAGCUGGAGCCCGAGACGGACUUUGUGAUCAAGCUUCACGAUAUCAACGACAACGAGCCCCAGUUCAGCCAGGAGGUUUACACUGGGAGUGUGCCGGAAAGGUCUGAGAUAGGCACAUCUAUCAUUCAGGUGACGGCUAAUGAUGCUGAUGACAGCAUGUAUGGGAACAGUGCCAAGCUGGUGUACAGCAUCAGCCAGGGACAUCCCUACUUCUCCGUGGACCCCAACACCGGUGUGAUCCGCACGGCGCUGGGCCCCGGGGACAUGGACCGGGAGCAGAGGGAGACCUACCAGGUGGUGAUCGAAGCCAAGGACAUGGCCGGCCAGAGGGGGGGGCUGACCGGGACGGCCGUGGUCAACAUCACCCUGACGGACGUCAACGACAACCCCCCGCUGUUUACACAGAGUAUAUUCCAAUUCAGUGUCCUGGAGUCGUCCCAAACAGGCACACCUGUGGGCCGGAUCCGAGCCACAGACAAAGACAUCGGAGAGAAUGCAGAGAUGUUCUUCACCAUCGCCAGUGGGGACGGCAUGGACAUGUUCGACAUCUCUACAGACCAGGCCACCCAAGAAGGAGUCAUUACCGUCAGCAAGCCGUUGGACUACGAGAGGAAGCGCUCCUUCACGGUGGAGAUCCAGGUCCAGAACACCAAGGUGGACCCCCGCUUCUCCUCCCCCGGCCCCAAGGGCGUGGCCACGGUGCGCAUCGGCGUGGAGGACGUGGACGAGGCGCCGCUGUUCAGCGCGGCCAGCUACCUGAUGGAGGUGAGGGAGGACGCCGCGCCGCGGGCCGCCGCCGGCUCCGUCAGCGCCCAGGACCCUGACGCCGCCCACAGCCCCCUCAGGUACUCUAUUGACCGCCGCACGGACAUGGACCGCGUGUUCGACGUCCACCCCGGAAACGGAUCCGUCUUCCUGCUCAGGAGCCUGGACAGAGAGGAGAACGCCUGGCACAACAUCUCAGUUAUUGCCACAGAGUUCAACAAACCUCUUCUGACCAAUCAUGUGCCGGUCUUCAUUCGCCUCUUGGACAUAAACGACAAUGCUCCCACCUUUGCCACCGCCUACGAGACCUUUGUCUGUGAGAGGACCAAAUCAGGACAGCGCAUUCAGACGGUGAGCGCGGUGGACGCUGAUGAGCCGGCCUCAGGCCACCGCUUCUUCUUCAGCCUGGCUCCCGAGGGAAUCCAUCACAGCAACUUCACAGUACGCGACAACGGAGACAACACUGCAGGCAUCCUCACACGGCGCUCCAGUUACAACCGCCAGCUGCAGAGUGUCUACCUGGUCCCUGUGGUGAUCACCGACGGGGACUACCCCAUGCAGAGCAGCACAGGCACACUGUCGGUGCGCGUUUGCUUGUGCGACCGCCACGGGAAAAUGGAGGUGUGCAACACAGAGGCCCUGACCAGUUCGGCUGGCAUCAGCACCGGGGCACUCAUCGCCAUCCUCCUCUGUGCCAUCAUACUCCUGAUGAUCGUGGUGCUGUUUACGGCGCUGAGGCGGCAGAGGAAGCAGGAGCCGCUGAUCGUCUCCAAGGAGGACGUGCGGGACAACGUGGUGAGCUACAACGACGAGGGCGGCGGCGAGGAGGACACGCAGGCGUACGACAUCGGGGCCCUGCGGCACCCGGAGUCGGCCGCCGACGCCCCGGAGGACUCGGCCAAGCAGAGGCGGGACAUCCUGCCCACCGGCAGCCUCCUCUACCCUCGCGGCCGCGGCGGUGCCCCGGGCCCCUCGUGCCGGGUCGGCGUCGCCCAGGCCGGUGCGGCGGCGGCGCGGGACAAUGCCGACGUGCGGGAGUUCAUCAACCAGAGAGUGCUGGAGAACGACUGCAACCCCACCGCGCCGCCCUACGACUCGCUGGCCACGUACGCCUACGAGGGAGCGGGCUCGGUGGCCGAGUCGCUGAGCUCGCUGGGGUCCCUGUCGUCGGAGGGCGAGCAGGACUACCACUACCUGAGCACCUGGGGGCCGCGGUUCAGGAAGUUAGCAGACCUGUACGGCGCUGAGGACGCCCACUUCUGCUAAUACCAGGGAACUUUGGCAUGGGCACCCACAAACAGGUGUGUGUACGUGUGCAUGCGUCCGUGCUUGUGCGGGCAUGCGUGUAUGUGUGCGGGCAUGCGUGUAUGUGUGCGUGUAUGUGUGCGUGUAUGCGUGCGUGUGUGUGCAUCUUCAGGAAACUGUUUUAUUGUGAAGAAAAGCAUUAAUCUCAUGGAAACAGACGUGGAUGUGAUGCUGGUGUUGGGGCUGCGUAUUGUUAAUUCAACUGUUGAAUAUUGAUUAUGUUGAUCAAAAUUAAUGUACACAUUAUUUGCUUGCUACAGAACAAAAAACAUCCCUUAAAAAUAUAAAGACGAGGGAUUUAAGAAUCUUGAAAGGGACAACUGAAACUUUUUUUCACAACUUUUGUAGCACAUAUGCACAUACACAGCAUCGAUUAAUGGUCUGAUAGCCUUCACAAGCCUUUUUUCUGUCAUUAUGAUCAACACGGAUUUGUGCGGAAAAAUCUGCCAGCACAGGAUCCCUGCCCCCAAGAUUUUCCUCUGUCUGCAAACAUCAAAACAAAUGGAUGACAACAUAUUUUAAGUGUGGAUGAAACACCAAUUCAAAACCAAAACCUGACUUGGUUGGCAAUUUCAUUUGAAAUGCACUUGACAUUUUAUUUGAUUCAGUAUUACAAUUCAGUUAAUAAUUCAGUGAAUUAUUUGAUUUUCAGAGCCUAAUUCUAGCCUUUCUCGUCAACAAAUGGCUGAAUAGGCCUAUGCCUCGAGUUUUAUCUGUUGGUUUUAUGUGAUUCCUUCAGCAAUUUCAGCAGAAAAAAAUCAAGCCAACAUUUUCCUGUGUUUACCAACAUUAAUAUGUGAAGACUUAUUUUGACAAAGUGGCCUUCAGAACCACCCUCCUCCGGCUCCUUGAAGAACAAUACGUCUGGCUGCCAGGAGGGGGGACACAUGACUUUUUAUAUCAUAUGAUCCUCUUCAAUUCACUGUUUUGUCUUAUGUGAAAAAGGAAAGUCAUGAAAAAGAAGAGCAAAUGCAAUUGUUAAUUUUGUUAAUGUACUUGCUGCGGUUUUGGUGUUGUUGUACUAUGCUGUACAAUUCUGAAUGUCAUAUAUUCAAACUCACUGUUUGUACUUAUGUGUUUUCUCACAUAAUAACAAAAUAAAUCGAAUUUAAUUUCUGUGUAAAAAAGAUUACUACUUAAAUUAGUUAACAGCAGGUAAAAGUGAAGUGCUUAGGAAAAGCAUCUAAACAAAUGUGUGUUAAAUCUACAAUAUCUUUCCUAAUUUGAUAUUGUUACAGCCUCUCCUUCGUGCAACCCUUUUUUCUAACCACAACUAAAUUCAACGUGCGGGGCAACACACCCACCGGCGGGAGAUCAGCCAAUAAGAACGAAAGGUAGGAGCAUCAAUGGGCCAGCCGCAAUGGGCCGUCUGACCGUAGCGAUACUCCACAAACUAUAAAAACUAAACAACGCUAAGCUCACCAAACAAUACCCCAGAAACAGAACUACCACAUCUCCCCCUCAAAAUAACAACAUCUGGUUAACAACAGAACACGUGGACUGGGCUUCGGCAGUGAGCGGCCGGAUUAGUCUUCUCCCUCCAUCCAGAGCGUCGGCACAGAACAGGAAGCAGAUACCAAAGAAGCCCGGGCACCGAUCCGGGCAUCACUUUCAUUCCACUCUCUGGAUGAACCCAUUAAAGCGGGGAAGAAUACUAGGGAAUAUUAGGAGUGCAUUAAGAGAUACCCAUAACAAAACCUCAAAUGUAAGACUUCUAGAAAAAUCAUAAUUUAUAUAUUGUGAACCAGUGAUGGUUGGACAAGAUUAAUGCAAUGCCAUUUUCAUCAGUUGAAAUUAUUACAUCUUUAUUUCUGGCAGAGAAUUUGCCACAGUAUAUACAGAAUUUGAAUAAUUCUACUGACAAAAUGAAUGAGCCUUACACACAGUUAGCAAAAAUAAUGCACAAAAUAUUAAAAUUCUCAACAUUUAACCUAUAUAUUACAUGAUUAUACACUGAAUUAAUUCAAUACUUUAACACUCUAUUUAAUGGAUUUUGCAUAAGAAGCUGGGGAUUAAAGGGCAAAACAUUCUUGGGGAGUUAAAAUUAUUGGAUCCGAAAACUCAUGACAGAAACGUGAUUGAUCUUUACUUUGUAUCCAUUGUAUUUCCAGCUAUUUUGUAUCUAACAUUUGUAAGGCACAAUGACAUUCCUGAAUUCUUUCAAAAAGAAGACCAAACGUCCAGCUUUAAUCUUUUGUCAUUUUGGAAGUGUUGGUGUUUGCAGGCUACUGCUCAUCUUCGAUGUAAUGUAAUAUAAAUUGUAUAAUUUUAUCAAUAAACUUUUUGCAGUUA